UGUUAGUCCGGCGUACUCCGUAAAUCUCUUAAAUUAUGACGAUGAUCCGAUCUAGCAGACAAAGAAUGCGGGCCCCUACGAUCACGUGAGAGGGGCGGUGAACGUGUUGGCCUUGCUUGACGUGGCUUGCGGAAGAAAUUCUGGAUGGCCGACAAGUCCAAUUCUGACCUCCCGGGUAGGCUUCAAGUUUCAAGGUUUUACCGAUCUGUGGAGUUGACUGGACGAGAGACCCCGGUCCAAAACAUGACCGAGAGACUUGCAGUUGCAGCAGCAGUCCACGUUCUCCUCCAAGAAAUCGGAUCGAUCACAGGAGAUCGACCCCGGGCGCUGCCAAUCACGAGCGUCCUACAGCAUCAACGACACACUCCGGACGAGACAAACGGUUGGCACAAUGGGCAACCGCCCGAGAGCGAGUGGGUAAUCGGAAUCCGGUCCCCUGUCGUCAUCUUUUGGGGGGCGCGGGAAUUGGUUCCAAGGACCCAACCCGAAGCAUGGGAAGCUAAUGACCAACUAAAUUGGAUAAACCCUCGCAAAGCUUGGAAACUGGAGCAUCCCGGCCGUUCCCUCGACGGCGAUUCCUUGGAACGCGCGGUUGCCAUGAUUUAUGAUAGAUUAACGAAUAUCUUGUUUGGCAGGCUGCCUACAGAGCACGGUUCUGAUUCUGAUUCUGCUCCUGGUUUAUUUAUUUACCGAGUAACCAGUAACCAGGGAGUAACUAACUAGCUCGCUAGUUAGUAGUAACCUAGGGAGGAUUCUCAGCCAGCCCGGUCUGCAGAUGCUGACUAUCAAGUGGGGGAUCGGGCCAGCCGCGUUUCAGCCAGCGCUUAGCUGUCCAGCGACGGAUUACGGAGGGCAAUCGAAUCGAAGACGAUAGUUUAGACGGCCGGAGGGGCCAGGGCGGGUUCUAGAAUUUAAAUUAUCCUCGAUAAUGACUGGUAACCGGUAAGGGUUCAUUCUACCUAGUAGGUCAUAUCUAUCCCCGUAUCCCUUGAGAGGAGGAUCUAUCAUUCUGUUUAUCAAACGAUGACGAUGAAUCUUACAGUCUUACAUAACCUCAGCCAGCACCCGUUCGGCAAUCCGAUCAUCUCCAGGGGAUCGUGCACACUAAGUCAUUUAGUAUGGCCGGAUUUUAAAGUGCGAGAUUGUGAUGGUUCUGGGAUUAUCUCCCUUCGCUCUCUUUCUCCCUUUUUUCCCUCCCUUGUUCCUUAUCAAUAAUUCU